UGCUAUCAGCAGUGACGUCACACAUGACAUAAGUGCAUGCAUUAUGCCACGCACGGGAAGGGUAAACAUCGCCAUGUUGAUGUUUGUUGUUCUUGCCUUGGCGGUCGGGGCGAAUAGCCAGAGCCAGUGUGACGUAUAUGGCAAGUGUCCGGCAGGCCAGUGUUGUGUGGUCAUCGGCACAAGGCGAUCAGCUGGGGUGGACAUCAGAGCCGUGUCCCGAGGGGUAUGCCAGCAGAUUGGCGUCAACGGAUCCAACUGUUUCAUGGCGCCCGGGAUCAGACCCGACGGGAAGUACAACUUCCGGUGUCCCUGCGGGGACGACCUCCACUGUGUCUGGAAUGGGUUCUUCAAUUCCAAAGGAGGAAGUACUGGCAACUGUCGACCCGGGAAGGCGGUUCCGAUGCUGACCCCUGACCUCAACCCGACAACCAAACAGAGCACAACCCCACUCCCUUACGCCGUCCCCACCCUCAUGAUUGGCUAGUGACAUCCUGUAUCGAGCAACAUCCCAGUAAUAAAGGUGUUUCAUAUUGGAAA